CUUUCUGUGCUGUGUGGGCAAUAGAAACCGAUUGUUACUGCUUCAAUUCUAUCUGGAAAUACCGUAUUGAAUCAGAUUACGGAUUGAAUUCGAUUGAUCUUGCAUUUCCACGAAUCCGGCGCCCGAUUGGCCCGAUUGAUAUCGAAUUGAAACCGAUUAAUUUUUAUAGAAACCAACGCGAUAUCUAUCGGUUUGAAUCGUUUGAAUAUUUUCAGCAGGGAAGUAAUAACGCGUUACUCGCCAACCAUGCGCGUACUUAAUAAAAGCACCUUCCGUCGCAAUCGUCGCUAAUCGCACGUUUCGCCGCUCGACCGGUCGGAUCGGGGCGGCGAUCGAGCAAAUUGGAGUUUGAUCGAAGUCACCUGGCGACGCGCACGAACCGUCCGCGCGCGGCGCCCUCGGGGGUGGCUCGCGGUCGGUCGGUCGGUCGGUCGCGCACGCGCGCACGGCGGGUCGCGGUGUAGCAGGCGCACGGCGCACGGACGACGCGCCGUCGGGAGCCGAGCAACAGAGUGCCGUGUGUACACCCCCGCCCACGUAUUAUUGUCGCGGCCAGCCCGAAGCCGAGCUGGCCCCACGCUCUCGCCCCGCGAUUUCACGGGACACCCGCCGCCUGGCCGCCGAGCUGUCGGGGGCGGAUAAUGCAUUCGCUAUUUCGCGAGAGGCAACCCCGGCCGCGCCACCGAGCCACGUAAGGAAGCUCUUCAACGUCACACCGUGGACGAGCAUGAUUCUGGCUGGAUCAGACCACUUCUUAGCGGUACCUGUGGAAGCUACUGCAGUUUUGGGUGCCGUUGCCGGCUUCGUAGUACUCCUGCUGGCUCUCUUCCUUUACCUGUCCCGGAAGUGGUGCUUCACGCCGCCUUCGUCCACCGCGCUCUUCGGCGGAGUCUGUGUGCCCCUCUGUGAGUCCACCAACAGCUCCACAUCUCAAAUCUCGAAAAACAUAGGGAAAGCAUUCUCCUACUCGGAUCCGGAAACGAGCUCCGAUUCAGAGGAAGACGCUCUCCGACGAUUAAACUUACGUUCGCAUCCUCCGCCGGAUACGCUGACUAUCCAAGCGGAGGACGGGCCGACUAUCGUAGAUGCUGGGACCACCUCCAGCAGCUGCACCGAGGAACACUCUCCAGCAGAUCAACAACAGUGCGUGGUGGAAGUUGGUGCUUCUAGCAUUAUACUUGAUAGUAGAGAGCAGGAAAUACAAGUUGAGCAAAAUGACUCGACAACCAAUGACGUCAUUACAACGAUGGGCACAGUGGCUACCGAGGAAAUCGGUAGUUUGGAAGUCGCUUUCCUAUAUGAUGCCCCAAUGCGUGAGAUGACAGUUCACGUAUUACAAGGGAGAAAUUAUCCCUCUGGGAUUGGAGGCAGUCAGGUACGAUUAGUCCUGCUACCGUCGAAAAAGCAGAGACGCAAGACCCGAGUCCGGCAAGGGACGUCUCCGCAAUACAUGGAGAGCUUCUUGCUGCCUCGUGUAAAUCCGGAGGAUGUAAACGCGAUGGGAGUACGGCUCAGAGUGUAUCUGUGGGGCGGCCGAAUGAUGCGUCGGGAAAGAUUGUUGGGUGAAGCCAGAGUGUCCUUCGAUCAUAUUAAUCUCCAGUUAGAAACCACCCUCUGGUUAACUCUCCAACCACCGCUUUCUUCCUCGGCGCAGGACUGGGGAACCACCAGCAGUUUAACUCGCAGCGAUUCCACGGGAUCCCAACAGUCGGUCCAGUCGUAUGCCUCUCCGGCUAUACCACCUUAUGGCAGCAGCAUGAAGGGGGGCAGUGUCGCCGAGAUCCUAAUCGGUUUGGCGUACAACGGCACGACGGGUCGCUUAUCAGUUGAAAUAAUCAAGGGUUCCCAUUUUCGCGGCGGAGGCGGGAACGAUACAAAACCUCCCGACACUUACGUCAAAUUGGCUCUUAUUGAUAGCAACAAUCACGAAAUGGGUCGGUCUAAGACCGGCUUGAAACGUGCCCAACCAAAUCCUCUCUAUAAGGAGACUUUUAUAUUUCAGAUCGCAUUGUUCCAAUUGGGAGACGUGACACUCUUCCUCUCUGUGUACAACCGUCGACGAGGCGGAAUGGGCAGAAAGGGACGGGAGAUGAUCGGUUGGCUCUCUCUGGGUCUGAACAGCUCCGGAUCCGAGGAACUGCAGCAUUGGAACGACAUGCGAACGGCGAGGCAACCGUUGCAAGUACAACGUUGGCAUUCGCUACUGCGUCCUUGAGGUGUCUUCGUGUGAGUGCCUCUCAUGGAUUCAUUCUUGUUGCGACUAAUCGAGCGCGAAACAACUUAGCCGGUACUCGCCGAAGAGUACACGGGAGACAGAGACGGGCGGUUCUGGAGAAGAACAGUUGCUUGCGGCAGGCUUAUCUCGAGAGAGAGAGAGAUUUCAAUUUUUUCUCCUUAUCUCACGGAGACACACUGUGUACUGCCUGGUUCAAGAACGGAAGUCAAUAUUCCAAUCGGUCUGUCAAUCCCAAGUCAGAGCCCGAACAAUACAAAUGUCCAAAUGGCUUCGCAAAAGAUGUUCCGAUUUCUAUGUCUGUUAAACAAAAUACGAUGUAACAAUAUAAAGUUCCAAGGAUGUCUUAAUGUUUCAGAGCUCUGUUAGACAAGUACCAAUGUCUAAAUGGCAUUUCUAAGUAUCUCGAAAGAUGUCCCCCCUUAACUGUCAAUCGACUUUCAAAUUAAGCCCUUUAAAAACUUUCUGGGCUGUUGUUUUGUUCGGGAUGCUCUGUUUGGAAUACUGUAAACUCUGAGUUACAAACUCUUGUCUAAAUGUACCAAGUACAUUUCCUUUUUGAUACGCUGAUGGGAGCAGUGUGGCUAGUCUUCGAUGUUGAGGGUCCCGGCGAUCGCGCGAUCGUCCCGGCGUUUAUCGACGUUCCGGCCCAAUCGUCGUACCUGUCCUGUCGCAUGGUACGAUACUCUCCGACUCGACAUGUGCCUGAGCCAAUCUGAAUCAUUUAUUUUUUACUUUGUGCCUUUCACCCUUUUUAUGCCGCGCGCCACGCUAAAUGAAGGAUUGUCGUGAACUGUAAGCGGAAUUCAAACGUCCGAACGACGUCAUUUCGGAAACCAGAUGGUUACAUCUCUUGACUUCACAAUGCUUUAAGAUGCAGGGUGGUUACGCGAUAGAAGAUCCAGGUUUUCCCUAAUCAUUUUCAAAGUGCUCUGAGAAUCCGGAAGAUAUUCUCGCGUGGAUCGGGAAGAUGCUCUAGAAAAAUUACAGUUUUUCCAUAAUUGUUAAAAAACAUUCCAGGAAGAGCCAAAAGUUCCUGUGAUUUAGUAAAAAUGUUCUUGAAAAUCGAGUUCUUGCUCGAUUUCUAUUUGUAUCGAAGCCUAAGAAAAGUUACUUAAAUCUUCAGAGAUUUAAUAGGAAAUUUCUGCGAAGCUAAUACUUUAAUGUUGGAAACGCCGUUGUUUCCUUGGAAGGAAAACAUUUCUUGUUUGGAAGAUUCAGUUGAGAAUUUAGAAAAAUGAUUCGUGUGUCCACCCUGAGCUGGGAUAACAUCGACACAAUGAAUUACCAUCGUACAGUCGUAUCUGUCAGUUGUGUGGAGCAAGAACAGAAUUGUUCAGACACGUCUUGAUUUUUGCCUCUUCAAUUACAACAGCUAUUCAAUAGAAUAGAGUAUAGCUAAUAAAUAUAUUAAUACAAUAUCAAGGUAGUAAACGCCUUUGGUGAACUUUAUCUUCUUAUUAUUCGUGAAUUUUUUGUUUUCUAGUUGAAUAUAUUUCAACUUUUUUCCCCCCUUCUACUAAACUUCAGAUAAAAUAUGCCUGAGAUAAAGUCACGUGUUUAUUUAAUUGGCUUAAAGUUGAUAAUUGCUCUACUAUAAUUUACAGUUAAAUCUACAAUUAUUGCUAAGAUUGUCGAAAAGAAUUGAUUUUUUUCUUCAUCAAAGAAUUGGAAUAUUUGAAUUUGCAUUUUAUUGUAGUAUUAAACAAAUGUAUUACUCAUUACAGUCGCAAUAUACAUAACAACAUAACGUGUCAAUAAUAUUGUUGUUUUUUUAAAUUAUUACUGCAAUUGCAUCAUUGUGUCGAUAUUAACCCAUCUUAUCGUAUAUAAUUGUAUAUUCGAUCCCGAUAUCCGAUCUGCUUGUGUUUGUUCUAUAGACAUGUAAGUACAUGUCUAUGGUUUGUUCAUGUGAAUCAAUGUGGCGAAUAUCGGGCCCGUGUUCUCGCAUGCAUUUAACACUGAAUAUAGCCAUCCGAUUUUUCCUCAUUAAUACUUAGCCUUAUUACGCAGUUCAACAAGAAAGGACUCGAACAAAAGAAUUAAUCAUUCCUUGCUUUUUCUUUUUCAUGUCGGUUAAAAAAAACUAAAAUCAAUGUUAAAAAGAAAAUUUUUCGUGUGGUUCUCCUACAAUUAUGGCAUGUGAUGCGUUGAAGAAUUUUUAUCUCAUUUGAGCAGGUUUUGCUGGCAGAAUGUAAGUUUAAUGAAAUUGAGAUACCAAUUCGCCGCAAUAUUUUGCUCAAAUCUGCUGACAAACUGCUUAUUGAGUGAUCCGAAAAAUCCUUAAAUUUUAAUAAACAUUUGAAUAACAUUUAAUAAAAUUGAAUGAUUUUCUUGUAGUAUCAUAGAUAUUCUAAUAUUUAAUCGGAGAAACCUUACUUUAAUCUUCAUAAGUUUUUUUAAGGAUUGGAAGUUUCAACAAUACUUAAUUUUGAAUGAAUAAAAAAAUUUCUAAAUUAUUAUAUGCUGUAAUUGUAUAACGUAAUAAAGUUUAUUGAAAUAUUUCAAAAUUGUGACGUAACAAAGUCUGUUUUAAAUGUAAUUGGAGAAAGAAAUGAUAAGAAAUAAUUAUAUCUGCUUUCGGAUUUGACAAAGUUGAUUUUUGUUGAACUGCGUUAUUGUAACUUGGGCAUGAUGAAUGAAACGUAGAUGCCUAGUAACAGUUAAAUCUAAAACAAACGAAAAAAGUAUCAAUGAUGAGUUUAGUCCAAUGUUAGUUGAUAACUUAAGGAUUAUACAUGGUAUCUAAACACCAAGAUUGGUCGUUGAUUUCAUGCAUUCUUUCAAGAAAUAAUUUAUUGUCACUAGAUUCUUAAUAAGUUAACGUUGCUAGCAAUAAUAUUAAGUUAAACGGCCUCGCAAACUUAAUAUUAGCUGACAUUAGCAAAAUUUAUACUCGUCGAAGGGCUUAUAAAAAUAAUGUAUACCUACGCACUUUAUUUAUAUGCGACGGUGGUUGUUUUUAUCGUUGAUUCAUUCAGUUCGGUUUGUUAACUUUAAACUUUACAACUGGUAUCUCACGUUCCCUUCAGGUGUGCCUGAGAAGAGAGAAUCUGGAUGGAUUAGCAACAAAUUGUAAUAGCGAGAUAAGAUUAGGACACGGGCAUUGGUGUCUUGAGAUGGUUCGAGAAUGGAUUGAUAACAUGCGUGGGCCGGCAAUUGUCGCCGCGACGUGACGGCGGUGGCGGUUCAGCGAGACCUCUCGGAACACGAGAUGGAACACGAGACCAACAGUUUGACAAUUCAAUGACGCACAAUGACUCGCAAAACGCACUUGGUAAACGCAAAUGUGAUUGUAGAGUCGAUAUAUUAUAACUGAUGAAAUAGAAACAUACACACGAUCACAAGUACGCUAGGGAUGGUGGCAUAAUCUAUGCAUUAAUAUUAGAAUUUUUGAGCAAGGGGUUCCACCGUCAGUAGCUAUAUUAGAGAACACGCAGAAGUAGAGGAUAAAGAUUAAGGACGCGAUAAAUUUACGCCCAAGUUAGAUUACGGGGGAGAAAUUGAUUUAAUAUAAAAGAUGUACAAAAUAUUGGGAAACUACGCAUACCAAUUUGAUGCUCUUCUGUUUCUUAUACAUGUUUCGACUGAAAAUGCCAUUUCUUUCAGCAAACUUGACUUUUUUAUUCACUAAAGAAUGUUUAUAAGCUAUAUCUAAUUUUUCGAACAUUUUAUAUUCAUAAUCAUUUAAAUGACGUAAUUAACACGCGAAUAUAGAAUUUGGCUCAUUGAAGCACGUUAACUUCGUAUUUUAAUUUUGUUUCAAGUUCUUUACGUCUUAUGUUAUGAAAACUGUGUAUACCAGCUUUCUCGAUUGUCUGGCAAGCGUGAUUAGUGACUUACGAGGUUUGAUACUGUCAUUAAAAUAUAGAAGUGCAUAGUAAUAACGUGGAAAGUAGCCUUAGACCAAAGGAUCGAUUAGGGGACCCCUAGAUCAGCGGACAAAGCCAGCGCGACUGAUUAAUGAACAAACAGAUGCUGUGAAUCAUUUAACGCUUGACUUUUUCAAGCCUCUAGUAGUAAAUUUUCAUCAUGAUUACAUAUUGAUCCAUGCUCGAACUAUUUUGUCAUUUAGGAGAAUAAAAUAAUUGCGGGGACUCAGAAAUCUCCUUUAGAACACGAAGAAUUGUUUUUAUCGCACAGCGCGUGCUCUCUUUUUACAUACAAUAUAUGCGCUAGAUGUGCGUUGCAAACGAGAAUUUAAAGCAUUCUAAGAAUGAGAAUUUAGGGCAUCCUAAACGUAGCAGUGUUUUAGACCCCAAUUAGUUACCUUUUGUUUGUAGGUACGUUAAUUUAUUUAAAUAGAUUUUUUUUUCAUACGAGAAAACAUGCAAGACACGUCUCCGUGUCUGAUUUCGGUAUCCACUUGACAUGGAUUAUGGAGUAGCUCAAAAUAAGUGAUGCGUUAAUUUUCAUUUCAAUUGCCUGUUUUCAGGUAAAUUUAACAAUUUUCAACAUCACAACUGUAUGCAAAAAAUAUCAAGAUACGAGCAUCUGGAUAUAUGAUCAGAAGUGAUUUAUACAGAAAAUUAUAAAAGAGUUCCAAGCUUGCAAGAUAUGAUAUUGAGGGAAAUACAAAAAUGAUGACCGUAGUGCGAAAAAUUAAUUAUAUCAGAGACAGAAACAACCUCUUUCAUUUGCAAUACAGAUUUGCUUGUACUUUUGUACAGAACUAUAUGGCUCCUAUGUUUCAAAUUCCUAUUCGUUCUAUACAUAAAAAUAUUAAAUUCAUAUCGCAGUUUGUUACUAAUUGCCAGUGUUUUAGACAGAAUAUUGUUAAUUGUGUCUACGUUAAGCUUGUGUUCUAUUGGCAGAGCCUACUGACACGUUCUGAUAGCGGCUUGCUAGAAGAGCAGGUUGUCAUUUCGUAAUCAUUUAAAGUUAAUUUUUCAACCUAUGCUGGUUUUUGACUCUUUUACGAGUAUUGUACUCCCAAAGUUUUGGACCUCUUUCAACCGGUGUUAAGUGGACGUAAAUAUUUUUGGCAGUACCUAUUAUUUGUCGGAAAAAAAGAAGAAAUUCCCGUAUAUUUUCUCUAUAGCAUAAGGAAAACGGGCUAAAUAUGGGAAAGUUUCCUUAACCAGAUGUUUAAAGUACAGUACUACAGCAGCUAUAUGAGUGUAGAAUGGGUUAAAGCAGCCCCAUUUUAGUGUUAAAUGUGUGUGCGUGUGCGCGUGCGUGUGAGCGAUAUGUUAAUAUCAUAUAUAAGUACACACAGCACGAUUUGUUUCGUGCGUCAUUAGCUGAUAUUGUUAGAGAGUACUUCUGAGUCCUAGCGAUAUUAUCGUAUAAUGUACAGUCUGUUUAUAAACAGCACGAUGCUAAAGAGGAGAGAAGCGUUCAAAUCAAUUAACGACGUAGCGAUAUAUCAAUCUCUCAAUUUGAAGAUUAUAUCAUUCGUUUUCUAUAACACGAACUGGAAAUUAGAGGGGAUUCUAAGAAUUCGAGAGUCAGCACCCGAGUGACGUAUGUUAAAUUAGCGAGUAGUUUUUUAACUUUUAGGUCUUUUACUCUUUCAAGUGUAAAACGUAAUUACGAUAACGUUAAUCUUACCACACGUUUUUCACUUUGCGUGAUAUAAGCCGCUGGAUAUGUAGGGAGCGACCAGCCUGUUUUACAUUUUCACCACACCGAGAUAUGGUUUUCCAAUUUUCCUAGAAGGACAAAUUCGCACGAAAAAUAGGUUUUGUUUUUUAAGAAGUUAUUUUGCACUUUGUAUUUGACAUUCAGAGAUGAACGGAAGUUACGAUUCGGGUAAAAACAGUCGGCUGUAACGAACCUAUUAGAUACGUCGUUAAGCUUUGUGCCAGUCAUCUUAUUUUUUUAAUUUCUUUAGAUUUAGAACGUUUUCGACCGAGGCGAAGUUGUCCCGGGGACGAUUAAGGAAGUUACGUCUUUCAUAACUUCUGUGUGAUAGAAGUAAACAAUUUUUCUUAUUUCCUCGAUCUGCUCUAGAGUUUUGUGAUCAUGCUGCAGGAUUAGAUAGGAAUUAUUCGUUAAUAGAUACUUAGCGUAUCGAGAGGAUAAGAGAGCCAAGGUCAAAUUGAAGGAUGCACUUCGCAAUAUUCCAACGCAUUUGCGAAAACGAGAGAGCAUGCGAUAUCUAGAUUUUCUUACAGAAACAAUAUGAUAACGUACACCGUGUCUACUCUGUUAUUCUAUUUUAUUACGGAACAGGCGUCCCGCCUGGUCC